UUGCCAAUGUGUGUUGUGAUUUGAGUUAUAAUAAUACAAAAUACAGCAAUGGGACCAAUUAUCCAGAUUGAUAAUGGUAAAUUGGAAGGUAUUCAAUGUGAUGAUAAUACGUUCAUGUUCAGAGGUAUUCCUUACGCAAAGCCCCCAAUUGACCAAUUGAGAUUUUCUGACCCCUUACCACCAUAGUCAUGGGAAGGAAUACGAGAUGCUACCAAACCGUGCAACACUUGUAUACAAAUGGAUACUUUCACUGGUUCGAGAAAAAUAACUGGGAACGAGGACUGCUUGUAUUUGAACGUGUAUACUCCUGAACUUCCUUCCAAGGUUUCAUCUCCACGACCGGUUAUGGUAUAUAUACAUGGAGGAGGUUUCGCUCAAGGAAAUGGAACAGAUCAUGAUCAGGUCAAUUUACACGGAAAUUUCGUAGAAAGGGGCAUAGUCGUUGUAUCUUUAAAUUAUAGACUUGGAGUUCUAGGAUUCUUGAGUCUGGACCUUAAAGAAGCAUCAGGAAAUAUGGGAUUAAAAGAUCAAUGUCUUGCACUCAAGUGGGUUAAAAAAAAUAUAAAUAAAUUUGGUGGUAACCCCAAUGACGUAACUAUUUAUGGAAUAAGCGCCGGGGCUGCAUCGGUGGAAUAUCAAAUGGUUUCACCAAUGUCUAGAGGGCUUUUCCAUAAAGCAAUUGCUCAAUCUGGUUCAUCAAUGUCACCGUGGUCUCAAAAUAAUAUAGUGAAAAAAAUGAGUCGUAAAAUUUCUCAUUUGAAGGGCAAAAACUUUUCAGACGAUGCUGCGAUGGUACAAUACUUAAAAGGAAUGCCUAUCGAAGAUUUGAUUACUACAGCAGAAGAAGUAUUUGCUACCGAAGAGAAGCUUGAUGGUUUUCUGUUCGGAUUCUGUCCGUGUAUAGAGAAACCAAACGGAUGGCAAGCGUUUUUAGAAGAAUCAGAAUAUGAACUGCUCAAGCGAGGCGACUUCGCUAAUGUGCCAUAUAUGGCCUCCUUCUGCUCGCGUGAGGGUGCCGUUAUAGCAGGCGUUGCUCCAAAAACAUUGAAAACUAUAGUGACUGACAAGAAUUUCGGGGAUCUUUUGAAAACAUAUUUUCCAAUGAACGAACUCACGGCCGCCGAAUAUAACGCCAAAUUUAAAUCAGUUUAUUUGUCACUAAACGCAAGUUCCGAGCCCGAUUCAUUUGCUAUAGACUUUUUCUCAGAUUUUGACUUUUCUGCUGGAAUUUAUCUAUCAGCUAAAUUGAUGUCUAAAUAUAAUAAAUCUGUAUAUUUAUAUGAAUUUGCUUAUGAAGGCAAUUUGGCUAUGACUAAGUUGCUAAAGACCCCUACUUAUAAAGGUACUUAUCAUGGGGACGACUGGGGAUACAUUGUGAAGUACGCUGAGCAACUUGCUGGCAUUCAGCCGUCGCGGGACGAUGAAGUAACUCGUCAAAGGCUACUCGCAUUCUUUACCAAUUUCAUCAAAUAUGGAAAACCAACUACGGAGGUGAAUGAAGUCAUCACCACGCACUGGGAGCCGGUUGAGUACUCCAACGUUAAGUACCUGGUGAUAGAUCAAGACCUAAAGAUGAAAAGCGAGCCUCUCAAAGAAAGAAUGCGGUUGUUUGAAGAAUUGUACGAGAAAUAUUUUGGGAAAUAAUUUAGUGUCUUAUUUCUUUUAUUUUUUCUAAAUUAAGAUUUAAAAUCAAAGUUGCAUGGUGUCCUUUAUAUAUUUAACAUACUAUAGUUGUUUUGAGUUGGUUUAAGUACAGUAAAUGAUUGUUCUGUGUUUGCAAUGA